CCUGCCUGGAGAGUUGGAGUUGCCUACGAAGGUGUACUCCCCUACUGGACCCCUACAGGAAGCCACUUGUGCCCAGCUGGGGCACAGCCCCAGCUGAUGCCUCAGGGCGGUCACUCAUCUCAGAAGAGGCUUUGGGCCCUGCCCUCUCUCCCCAUGGCACAUGGGCCAGAGCCUGGGGCUGAGGGACUACUGGACCUCAGCUUCCUGACGGAGGAGGAGCAGGAAGCCAUCACCGAGGUCCUCAAGCGAGAUGCCCGCCUGCGCCAACUGGAGGAGGGGCGGGUCAGCAAGCUCCGGGCCUCGCUGGCAGACCCUGGGCAGCUCAAGAUCCUAACAGGGGACUGGUUCCAGGAAGUACGUUCCCAGCGACACCACCAUGACCGCUUUGGCUCUGACCUUGUCCGAGCCUCUAUCCGCAGGAAGAAGAGUUCCAGGGGAAAUCAGGCACUGGAAAGUGAUGGUGAAAUCGAAGCUGCUGGGAAACAUGCUGAAGAGGAGCCAGAAUCCAGGCUCGCCAUAGAGGAGGAUGCUCCAGAGAGGUCCAGUGAGAUCCAGGGAUCUGAUUUCUCCUCACCAUAUGCCCCCUCAAAGGCUUCAGAACAAGAGGAAGAGCCCCAGGCACUGGAAGCCCCGGGCCAAGAGGCAGUGCAGGUGGCGGCGGCGGACGCGGAGCUGGAGUCCGCGCCGGGGGCGGAACCGGAGCCGGAGCUCAGGCCUCCGCCAGCCCAGACCAGGGAGACACCCGAGAUCCUGCACAAUGGGCAGGAGGCCACGGGGCUCGGCCCCCCACCCGACCGCGUGCUCAGCAGCAGCUCCUCGGUGUCCAGCCUCAACUCCUCCACGCUGAGCGGCAGUCUGCUGAGCCUGCCCGGGGAGGAGACCGGCGGCGUGCAGGUUCGCGGCUCGGUGAACGUCGCGCUGGGCUACGAUCCGGGCUCCGCCGAGCUGCGCGUGCACGUGAUCCAGUGCCAGGGGCUAGCAGCCGCCCGGCGUCGCCGCUCCGACCCCUAUGUGAAAAGCUACCUCCUACCCGAUAAGCAGAGCAAGCGCAAGACCGCGGUGAAGAAACGGAAUCUGAAUCCAGUCUUCAACGAGACUCUCCGGUACUCCGUCCCGCAGGCCGAGCUCUCAGGCCGCGUGCUGAGCCUGUCCGUGUGGCACCACGAAAGUCUGGGUCGCAACAUCUUUCUGGGUGAAGUCGAGGUGCCCCUGGAUACGUGGAACUGGGACUCCGAGAGCACCUGGCUCCCCUUGCAGCCCCGGGUUCCCCCCUCCCCAGACGAUCUUCCCAGCCGCGGACUGCUCUCCCUGUCCCUCAAGUAUGUCCCUGCGGGCUCCGAAGGCGCUGGACAGCCUCAGAGUGGGGAGCUGCACUUCUGGGUAAAAGAAGCUCAGGACCUCGUGCCCCUGCGCUCAGGAUCCCUGGACACUUUCAUACAGUGCUCAGUGCUGCCUGAUGACAGCCGAGCUAGCCGCCAACGGACAAGGGUAGUUCGACGCAGCCUCAGUCCUGUGUUCAACCACACCAUGGUUUAUGAUGGCUUUGGGCCCGCUGACCUGCGCCAGGCCUGUGCUGAGCUCUCCCUCUGGGAUCAUGGGGCCUUAGCCAGCCGUCAGCUGGGGGGCACACGCCUCAGCCUGGGUACUGGCAGCAGCUAUGGGCUCCAGGUGCCCUGGAUGGAUUCCACACCUGAGGAGAAACAGCUAUGGCAGACACUUCUGGAGAGGCCAUGUGAGUGGGUGGAUGGUCUUCUUCCCCUCAGAACCAACCUGGUCCCCAGGGCAUAGCGGUACACAGCCCCCUCUGGAUCCCUUCCAGAGCCUACCCUUG